CUUUUUCUUUUACUGAAAAACCUUUUUUUCUUCUCUUCUUUUAUAUAUCUAUAUAGAAUGACUUGGUUAGAACAAAGUAUUAAUGAUCCAAAUUUAAGGCAAUCAGUCCAAGGCUUGAUUGAAUCCUAUCCACCAAGCAGUCGCAUCAUUGAGCGCUUAGUCCAAUAUUUUGAUAAUAGACCUUCUGACAGAGAAGCCAAAAAACGCAAAUUAGAAUCCACUUCUUUAACCAGUGAUCCCCUUCUGCGCGUCGUAGAUAUCUCAUUUCAAUUACCUGCUAGAAAAAAAUACGAUUUGUUGAUCACAUCCACUCAUUUGAUAUUAUACAACAGGAAGACAGAUACAGUUGAAUUUCAAUAUGAUUUAAAUGAUCUCUCGCCUGUAGGCGGUGCGUGUGUGCCUACACCUGAUAAAGCAACACGAUGCUAUACAUUUGUUUUGUUCUUGAAGAAAGAAGAUUGCAUUGUGUUUGGUACACAGGAAAAGGGAGAUAUCGUAGUGCGUCAAUCCGAAUCCACCAUGACAUUAUCUGCAGCAGAUAAACAUCAAACACUCGCAAAAUUGAUCACAGAUCACACACGCGUUCCUAUCACACAACCCUCCGAAGACUAUUUUCACUCUGCUGGUGUUUCUUCCAGCACAGGCAAACAAGAAGACCGUCCUCAUGUGGUUGCCUACCUAAAAGCCAAAGACGGAUUUCUGUUCUUUUUGCCAACGGGUAUCUUGUUUGGUUUUAAGAAACCCACUUUGUUCUUCCCCAAAGAGAGCUUGGCUUCCAAUGUUACUACAAAUAUUACACAACGUACAUUUGAUUUGACAUUGACAUUAAAGCCUGGUAGUCAAAUACUAGGUUCCUCUGGAUUCAAAAAAGAAGAAGAUACUGUGCAAUUUUCCAUGAUUGAACAAUCUGAAUAUGGACGUAUUGAUGCUUACACCAAAAGACUUGGUCUAGAUGACCAAAGUAUGAACGAAGAAAGAAAAGCACCCACUCCUAAAGUAAAGAAGGACGAUGAAUAUCAAGACGAUAAAGGCAAAGGGAAACAAACAGAGAACAAUGAAGAUUCUGAUGAAAAUGACGAUGACUUUGAACCUAGUGAUGCUGAUAGUGAUCCUUUAGAGUACGAUACUGAUGCAGAGCAAGAAGAACCAGCAGCUGAGGAACAACAUGAAUCUGAAGAAGACUUAUUGCAAGAUGAAAGUGAUUAGAUAAACCUUCCCAUUUUUUUGACAGCCUUAUUCUUCAUAUAUUUUAAACACUAGUACAUACUUUAUUGAAUAAAAAGAUAAAAAGAAACUGGUACUUUAGCCAAAUACUGUGAGUAUUUGUU